UUGUUCCUGCGCGGUAGUCUGUGUGAAAGACUGAUGAAUGAAGUGUUCUCCAAUAAUACAUCUGACGAACAUUACAAACGAGUCGGUAAAUAAAGAAACAGGGACUUCUGCGUUUUUCUACGCACUAUAUAAGAAACACAGUCCUAUUUAAGUUCAGAUUUAAAUAAAGAUGGCUGGGAUUCUUUUUGAAGAUAUCUUCGAUGUAAAGGAUAUCGAUCCCGAUGGGAAAAAGUUUGACAGAGUGUCUCGUCUGCAUUGUGAAAGUGAAUCUUUCAAGAUGGACCUCAUCUUGGAUGUGAACAUUCAGAUCUAUCCUGUUGAUCUUGGUGACAAGUUCAGAUUGGUAAUUGCCAGCACUUUAUAUGAAGAUGGAACACCAGAUGAUGGAGAGUACAAUCCUCAGGAUGACCGACCAUCUAGAGCGGACCAGUUUGAUUAUGUGAUGUAUGGGAAAGUUUACAAGAUCGAGGGUGACGAGACCUCAACAGAAGCAGCCACACGCCUCUCUGCCUAUGUGUCUUAUGGCGGCCUCCUCAUGAGGCUGCAGGGAGAUGCCAACAAUCUUCAUGGCUUUGAGGUGGAUUCCAGGGUCUACCUCCUCAUGAAGAAACUGGCCUUCUAAAACCCAACUCAGAUCAUCCACUUAACCAGGUCCCUCCUCUGCCCCAAAUCAACCUCAUAUUUACACAGAACUGUUGGCAUUGUCUUUUCCAAGACUGGACACAUGACCAGAGCAGCUCACAUUGGCUGAUAGAAAACAUUUGUUAUUUUUAUAAUCAUUGUUACAGAAUCUUCCCUCAAAGGAAAAGGACUACACAUUAAAGACUGUGACACUGAAAAGCUGCUGCAACUUCCAAUUUCUGGCAAACUGUAAAUAAAGAUUUCUUUUAUAAAAAAA